AUGUUGUCAUCAUCCAAAGACGAGUCAAUGUCCAAGAUGGAAGAACAAGAGAAUCAGAAUAAAGAAAUGAAGCAUGAAAAUGGAGUGCUUGAUUACAUAAUGAGCUUGAAAAGUGUGCCAACAAAACUCCCUCCACAUCUUGAGCUUCUCAGGACCCGGGUCCACUGCAACAACGAUGCUCCUCAGCAUACAGAUACCAUACAGUAUUCUGGUGCUUAUCCAGCAUUAGGUGUUGAUAAUAGCUUGCGAUUAGAUAAUUUCAGUCAAAAUUUCAAAGUUGAAGUGAAGCGGCUCACAGAUGAUGACAUAGAGUUUGAUAUGAUUGGUAUUGAUCAUUCACUUGCCAAUGCAUUUCGAAGAAUCCUUAUAGCAGAGGUACCAACAAUGGCUAUUGAAAGAUUUUACAUUGCAAACAAUACAUUACUUAUACAAGAUGAAGUUCUAUCCCAUAGAUUAGGCCUCAUACCAAUCAGUGCUGAUCCCAGGCUAUUUGAAUAUCCAGAUAAUGCUGGGGAUAAUAGGAAUGAAAAGAAUACCAUUGUCUUCAAACUACAUGUUGCUUGCUAUAAAGGAUAG